CUUAGCAGUGCUGAUUUUCGCACAAGCGCUCCUCGUCUCAUCAGCUGCUUGAACUCAAAGUGAGCAGCGGACAGGAACACUUGAGCCCUCGUGCUCAGUGAAGAAGGCAGUUUGGAUGAACAUCAGUAGCUUCCGAUAUUACAGGUUUAAAAUAUCGCGAGAGCCCUGUUAAUAUGUAGUUUAUAAAAGUGUUAGUUACAUAAAAAACUGGAUUUUUUUUUAUUUAUUUUUUUUCUGAACGGGUGAGAAGCAGAAGAGAGAAUUUCGUGCAGCCUAUAAAGCAAUUUAAACUUUGUGGAAAUAUGUAACUGUGACAAAUGAGAUUAAAGCAUGGAGCAGUCGGCCACUCUCGACAUAGAGACGCUAAAGAUCACCCAGGAGCAGUUUAUCCUUGCGUCGCAGUCCCUGCACCUCCAGCGGCCCGGCUGUGAUGCUGUGUACCCGGUGGGUCUGUACGGCUGGAGGAAACGAGGCCUCUACUUCUUCCUGCUGCUGCUGCUGGUCACCAUGAUCGUGAACCUGGCCCUCACUGUGUGGAUCAUAAAGGUCAUGAAUUUCUCUGUGGACGGGAUGGGGAACCUGCAGCUAAACCACGACGGGAUUCGCCUGGAGGGAAUCUCUGAGUUCGUCCUGCCUCUCUACGUGAGCGAGAUCCAAUCCAGAAGGAAGAUUCCAGUUCUACCCGUGCUGAGCUGUCUGUCAAAGCUGACAGGAAGAUUGAUAGAUAGACUCUUCUGUGUAUUAUUCCUCCUCACCCUGCGGGCUUCCUCUGUGCAGGACAGCAUGUUGGUCUUUCAGUCAGAAAAGAACGUAACGCUGAACGUCAGAAACGAACAAGGUCAUCUGACUGGCCAGCUCACUGUGGGACCUGAGGCUGUGGAGGCUCAGUGUAAGGGACUAGAGGUGCGAAGUAAAGACGGGGAGAGACUGCUGUUCACGGCCAACGAAGAGGAAGUCAUCAUGACCACUGAAAAGUUUACUGUCACAGGCUCAGAAGGUGCUGUGUUUGGACACUCGGUGGAGACUCCCCUGAUCCAGGCGAGAGCCUCUGAGGACCUGAAGCUGGAGUCUCCAACGCGGACACUGACUAUGGAGGCCCCCAGAGGAGUGGAAGUGAGUGCUGCCAUGGGGCCGCUGAAGGUCAGCGGUCGAAAGGACCUACAGCUGGAAUCCACCGAGGGAGAGAUACUUUUAGACGCCAACACCAUUCAGCUGGGCAGCCUCCCGCUGGGCGUCUACACCGCGUUGCCCCAUCAGGUCUCCCAGGAACAGGAAGUAUACGAGGUGUGCGUCUGCCCCAGCGGUAAGAUCUACCUCUCCCCUGCAGAGAGCAGCUCCACAUGUCAGGCUAUGAGUAACAUCUGCCUCUGGAGCUGACCUGGGGACAACUUUUAACAUCUGCUCCGGGGCUGCUGAGAUCAAGACGCCUCUCUCUCUUUCGGCGCAUUUGAUGAAGGGUGAAGCUCCAACUCUUUGCUGUCUGAGCUCAGAUCAGGACAGAAGCAUCAGUCGGCUGCCUGCAGCGGUCUGCUGGAGGUCAGGACUCCUGUACUGCUGACAGCAUUUGAUGAACAGCAGGCGGAGCAGCUCUCUGGAAUCAGGAACAGGAACACUUCCACUAACUUUUUUUUAGAGGACACACCUUUAUUUUUCUACUUUGUUUUAGAUGGAGACAAAAAGAUUAAACGAGGGUGCCUUCAGCAUAAAAGGAAUCAUUUUGUGACCUGUCUGUGAUGUUUAAAGACGAGUAAGCACAAUUCUGUCAUCUUUCCCCCCCCAAAAGAAACAUUUUUUAAUAAUCUCAAUAGAUUUUUUUGGUUCUUUUCCACUGUGUCAACAGCUGUUCUGUUUGAAAUUAAACAUGUUUUUAUGUGGUAUGAGUUGAAUUUGUCAAACUGAGAGAGAAAAGGAGACAUGUUGAAUGUUCAGGUAAAUAUUACCUUCAGAGGACUCUUCCACGACAAGGUAAAUCUAUUUUUCUUGAUAUCACUUAAGAAAAUACUUCAUAAUAAAAUGCAGUACAUCAUAAAAA